AUGGUCCCCCCGCCUUCAUCACUUCACUUGGCUUUUACACCGGAGGAGGCCCACCCCCCUCCGGUGCCUGCUCCGCUCCGUGUCCUGUAUCUUGGUUACCUUACCCUUACCUCACCUCACCUUGUCUCGACAAUAGACAUCCACAUCAACCACUCCUUCCCUCAGAAGCACACACCCCCAGUAUUCCCAAGUGGACAGCGUCAUAGCCCCAAGAUCCCGGGCCAGGGACCACCUGCAUUACACGCACGGCAGAACCAAGACCCCUCCUCCUCUCUCGCACACCCUGACGCUUGCAAGCCCUACCAUCUGCGACGUGGCCAGGGAACACAUCAUCGCAAGGUCCAGCUGUGCGAGCCCGAAAUCCCCUUUGACAAAGGACGCUAG